UCGAACGUAUAACGUGUAUGCGAUGCGCGCGACAGUCGAACGAUUCGGCCCCGCGUCAAUUACAAAAAUUAAACGUGGAUUUAACAUAAACGCCCCGACGUUUCACCGAAUUGCUUAAUUAAUUAAGGAAACGGCGUCGGCGGCGGCGGCGGCGGCGGCGGUGGCGGUGGAGGCGGCGGAAUGGGAGUGAAACGGUUCGGGAGCUGGUCUGGGUUAGCUAAAUGGGCGAAAAUAUGCCGUCCGAGUGCAUCGCCAGCCCGUUGCAACGAGAAUUAGCCGAUACUAUAAUACGUAUACAACCGCUCGAUGAAAUUCGAAUUCUGCUGGCAUGCGGGGCAAAGGCGAACGAGCCCGUUACUCAGGGUCUGAGGCCGUUGCAUUACGCGGUGUGGCAGAGAUACACGGAAGCGGCUCAACUGUUGUUGGUGCGCGGCGCCGACAUCGACGCGACCGACGAAUGUGGAUAUUCGGCGUUGCAUCUCGCCGCCGAGCAUGGUUACGUAGAGUUGGUCAAGUUGUUGCUCGAGCACGGUGCCAAAGUCGACCAUCGACAGGAUACCGGAGAACUUUUUCCGAGGACAACUUUGUGCGACGAACCGUUGCGUCUCGCUUUGAGAAAUCGGCACGUCGACGUCGCUAGAAUUUUGCUGGAAGCUGGCGCGAAUCCAAACAAGAGAUACUUCUUCGGAUCGGAAAUUAAUUUGGUUUCUCCAUUGGAUUUACAAUGUAUGGAACUAUUGUUGGCGUUCGGAGCCCAACCGAAUACGAGGGAUCGUGCAGGACUUACGCCGCUGAUGAAAGCUGCGCGGUUGCCUCAGGGUAUAGCUUCGGUGCUGCUUUUGCUGAGCUAUGGAGCGGACGUUAAUUCGAUGGCUGACGCGAGACACGACUACCGAACGGUUCUGCACUACGCGAUCCUCGGCGGUGACCCAACCGUGAUUGAACUACUUUUAAAGCAGGGUGCUCCUCUCGAUCUCGGACCCGAGUAUCAAAAACCCACGGCUCUCGACUUGGCGAUUUUGAAGGGGGAUCCCUCUAUCGUCCGAAUGUUGUUGCAGUCGGGCGCCGACGUGAACGCGACAUCGCCGAUCAUCGGAUCUCCCCUUCACGUUGCUUGCGCGGACAACAUUCCGAACAGACUGGAGAUCUUGUCGAUGCUGCUGGAACGAGGUGCGGAUCCAAAUUUGGUGAUACGCAGCGACGAAGGACCGUCGUUACGGCCGGUUCUCGCAGAGUAUGUGGCUUCGAACGAGAAUCCAUCGGUCGAAGUGGUGGCUCUUCUGCUGAAAUACGGUGCACGAGUUGUAAUUAAGACGCAGUUUCGCGAUCCACAUGGUAUAUUGAACUCUCUUCAAAAUACGGCUGAUAAGCCGCGGCUGCUUAAAGCGUUAUUGGAGGCUGCGGAAAGUUUCGAUCCUUGCAUGAUACGAAGGUCGAGCAGUCUGACAGACGCGCAGAAAGCGAUUGUGAUGGAAGCGGCGCGAACUCCGUUGCCUUUGACUCAUCAGGCUAGACUGAUAGUACGGAAGCUAUGUGGCACCAAAUUGCCGAAAAUCGUCCGCAAUCUUCAAUUACCGCAAUCGCUGCAUCGUUACCUUCUGUACGAUUUUCAUUAAACUCGGUUUCAUCGGCCUGUCCAUGAGAGUACGAGAGAGGGCAGAGGCGGUACGACGAACCAAUUCUUUUCUUACUCUUGCCGAAUAAUCCCGAGUAACCCUAAAACCACCGAAAUUCCCUCUCAGAUGCAACCAAAACGAGUCUUCAGGUGAAUCUUACGAAAACUUUUCCAAUUCACGUAUUCACGAAGUUAUGCUCGCGAGUAUUGCAUUGUCGUUCGUCGCGUUACCGUCCCCACCUUUUUAUUUUUACUUGCUUUACUUCAAACGACGGUUCUCUAUAUCUCGGUCAACUUAUCAACCAUGUGCUUUUGUACCUAUAUCUAGUAUCAAUUUAUUUAACAAAUUCUCCCAUAUGCAGAUACAUACGUGAAUUCACAGACACGUACGUGCAUACAUACAUACAUAUGUAAGUACAUAUUUUUGUCGCGCGGUAUAUAUGUAUGAUUUCUAAUUUACAAACCGUGUUAACAAUCCGAACAAAAUAAACGGAGAAUUGUAAACCAACGAA